UUCAAUUUCAAUUUCAAUCGUCAUGGCUUUCCGUUACCUCAUCUCUCUGUGCGCUUUGGUCGCUUAUGCCAACGCUGGUCUCAUUGCCAGCCAUGUGGCUAUAGCUAAUCCUGCCGUGGAUGCCAUCGCCUCCACCCAACAGAAUGUGGUGCGCUCCUUUGCCGGAACUGUGUCCAGCUACUCCAAGGCUGUGGAUACGCCUUACUCCAGCGUGCGCAAGUCGGAUACUCGCAUCCAGAACAAUGUCUACCAGCCCGCGAUUGCUCAUGCUGCUCCGCUCUACACUCAGGCCACGCCUAUUGUGGAGAAGACUGUCUACGCUGCUCCAGCUCCAGUUGUGGCUAAGACCGUGUAUGCUGCUCCAGCUCCAGUUGUAGCCAAGACUGUCUACGCUGAUCCUGCUCCUGUGGUUGCUAAGACUGUCGCCUAUGCUGCUCCAGUUGUGGCCAAGACUGUCUCCUAUGCUGCUCCUGCUGUUCACUACUCUGCUCCCGCUCCAGUUGUUGCCAAGACUGUGUACGCCGCCCCAGCUCCAGUUGUCGCCAAGACUGUGUAUGCUGCUCCCGCCCCAGUUGUUGCUGCUCCCGUGAUUGCCAAGACCUAUGCCGCUCCAGCUGUUGCCUACGCCGCUCCUCUGGCCACCACCAAUGUGAACCAUGGACCCGCUGCCACCACCUACACACACAACGCACCUGCUCUGGGCGUGUCCAGCUAUGGCAGCUCACAGACCGUUCACUACUCGCCCGCUGAGAGCGUGUCUCACAUGAGCUUCGAUGGCUUUGGCACUCACUGGGGCUUCUAAGUA